AUGGGCAACAGAUUCCUAUCAUCCGAUGAAAAGCUCCUUCGCGACGGUCUCUUUUCCGACGUGACGGUCAAAUGCGGCGACAGGACUUGGAACCUGCACAAGAACAUCCUCUGCACCCGCAGCGUCUGGUUUGAAAGGGCCCUUACCGGCCGCUUCCUGGAAGCUCAGACGGGGGUCAUUGAGAUCCAAAACUUUACGCCCGACGCGGUUGACUGGGUGAUACGCUACAUCUACACAGGCGUCUGCGACAUACCCAGCCUCAAACCCUCUCGCGACACCAAAACCCACUUCGUCACCUGCUACGAAGUCUACACAGUCGCCGACUACUUCUCCUUGACACCCCUCGCCACCAUCGCGCUCAAGACACUAACCGCCGAAUUUGACGCCAAACUCGGCCCCAUCCAGCGGCAGUACGAGUCUUCCUCCGACUGGCUUCCCGAACUAUUCGAAGCCAUCCGCCUCGUCUACGGCUGCGGUGACUCUGCCUCGCCACCACCCAUCAACGACCUCUCGCUAACCCCUAUCCACCGGGCCUUCCUAUCCUUCGUGCACACAGCACGCUUCUACUUCCUGCAAAACACCGAGUUCAACCGCUUCCUCGACGAGGAGGCGCCCGAGUUCGCCCUGGCCCUGUUCCGCGCCAUGCGCACCGCGGGGGAUUUCCUGGUGUGGCCUCCGGCGCCGCAGUGUUCCUUCUGCGGCAUGCGGCCCUCGCGGGGAGACAAGACGUACUACACGCACCUGGCCAUAGAGACGCCGAAACUGAUGGCAUCGUGCUCCACGUGCGCGGUGAAGAAGGAUCUACCUUCGCCCAUGACGAAUUGGUCUUUGAAGAAGAAUCCUGUGGAAGGUAGUCCGGCUGCGCCGGGGACGGUGUGGGGUUUGAGUAGUAGUGACAAUGCGGCGGGUUGA